CUCGCGGUUUAAUUGUGUAAUUUGAUUUUUUUUUUUCUUUCAGUGCCUGAAGACCUCUCCUUAGAAGAGCGGGAAGAACUUUUAGACAUUCGUCGAAGAAAAAAGGAACUUAUUGAUGACAUCGAGAGACUGAAGUAUGAAAUCGCUGAGGUGAUGACCGAGAUCGACAACCUGACGUCUGUGGAGGAGAGCAAAGCUUCUCAGAGGAACAAGCACGUCGCUAUGGGGAGAAAGAAGUUCAACAUGGACCCCAAGAAGGGGAUCCAGUUUCUGAUCGAGAAUGACCUGCUGCAGAGCGCCCCUGAAGACGUCGCCCAGUUCCUCUACAAAGGGGAGGGCCUCAACAAGACCGUCAUCGGGGACUACCUGGGGGAGAGGGAUGAAUUUAACAUUAAAGUGCUGCAGGCUUUUGUCGAGCUCCACGAGUUUGCCGAUCUCAACCUCGUACAAGCCUUAAGACAGUUCCUGUGGAGCUUCCGGCUCCCGGGGGAGGCCCAGAAAAUCGACCGCAUGAUGGAGGCGUUCGCGUCCCGCUACUGCCUGUGCAACCCCGGCGUCUUCCAGUCCACAGACACCUGCUACGUGCUGUCCUUCGCCAUCAUCAUGCUGAACACCAGCCUGCACAACCACAACGUGCGGGAUAAGCCCACGGCCGAGCGCUUCGUCACCAUGAACCGCGGCAUCAAUGAGGGCGGGGACCUGCCCGAGGAGCUGCUGAGGAACUUGUACGAGAGCAUCAAGAACGAGCCGUUCAAGAUCCCGGAGGAUGAUGGCAACGACCUGACACACACGUUCUUCAACCCCGACCGCGAGGGCUGGCUCCUGAAGCUGGGGGGGCGCGUGAAGACCUGGAAACGGCGGUGGUUCAUCCUGACCGACAACUGCCUCUAUUACUUCGAAUAUACGACGGACAAGGAGCCCAGGGGGAUCAUCCCACUGGAGAACCUUAGCAUCAGGGAGGUGGAAGACCCACGGAAACCCAACUGUUUCGAGCUGUAUAACCCGAGCCACAAAGGGCAGGUCAUCAAGGCCUGUAAGACGGAGGCUGACGGCCGCGUGGUGGAGGGCAACCACGUGGUGUACCGCAUCUCGGCGCCCAGCCCCGAGGAGAAGGAGGAGUGGAUGAAGUCCAUCAGAGCCAGCAUCAGCAGGGACCCCUUCUACGACAUGCUGGCCGCGCGGAAAAGGAGGGUCGCCAAUAAGAAGUAGCUUUCCUGCCCAAACAGGUAAAAGUAAAAACUGAAACCCCACGCAGAAAGUGACCGGGCGGCCUCCCCACGACUCCCUGGACCCUGGGCGGCCUUUUCCAGAGGCAGCCCAGGACGCGGCGCCUCAGUGCCAACGCGCUCCUGUGGCCUCGAGGGUGCCACGGGUUCUCCGAAGCCUCUGUGCCGUGUCUGGUGAGCGACGCCGGGCGUUUCCCUCCCGCCAGCCCUCCCGGGCCUCAGCAGCCCGUGCCCACAGAUGUCCUCCCCGCGGUUCCAAGUGGCAGCGGCGCCUGGGAGUUCAGCUGCGACAAUCUGUGCAGUGGACUUGGGCGAGGCCUGUCCACGGUACCUCGCUUGUAGCAGUCGCCACACGUGCUCAUUUGUGGCGGUGUUCGCUGUUCUAGAAGCCUCUGUCUUAUAUCAAAACAGGAAGGAAAAGCUACUGCUUUUUUAUUCAGAUUUUUUUCUCAGAUAUAUAGGAUUAUAGCUUUUAUAUGCCUUUUUAUAUUCUGAAAUUAUAAUGAAAGAUACUUACUUUCUAAUAGUAGUAUUUUUAGAAUGGCAGCUAUAAAUCUAACUCCUGACACAAGUAUAUACUGUGCACUGAGAAGUUACACAGACACUAUAUAUGCAGCGGCCGGGGGUGGGGGUUGUGUGGGGACUUGUCACUCCGAGUGCCACCACUCUGCGGGUGCCCUCGUCCCUCCUGGGGCAGGGAGGUGACCGUGUCCUUGAGGACCUCGAACACGGCAGGGCUUCAGGUGUCCGAUUCCCCUGGAACCUCUCAGCUCAGACUUGGUGGCCCCACAGAAACUUUCUAAAAGGGCCAGUUAAAAUCUGUGGUUGGGGGCACUAGUCCCGUAACUGCUGAGCCCCAGCACAGAUGUGUACGUGUUGUUCUGAAUGAAAACACCACCGUCGGACUGUUUUUGACCCCCACAAGCAGCAGUUUCAUGCGGUGCAACAGAAUGCAUGGGUCAGGCCAGCUUGUGACCACCGACUUCGCUAUUCUAAACCUUUGGGCAAAUGGCUGGUUGGGUGUAUCACUGCUCUGCUCACUGACCAGAUUUCUUAAUAUAACAGGACUGCGUGCAGGUAACUAGAGCUCAUCUCAUCCCGUGUUUCCAGAGCUUCAGUCUCCCAUUAGGCGGGGAGGGGAGCGAGCUGCGGGAUGAUGUGUGGCACUUAGGCUUCCUAUAGUUUAAACCCCAUGUACUCCCUGGUGGUGGAACUUGUGAAGGCCGGUGAUCAGGCUGCUGUCGGGAUAAGUUAUCGGGCUCCCAGCACAUCCCGACUGGACCGUGGUGUGCAGGUGGGCGGGGCUGGAGGCCACGUGCUCGGACGCCUCUGGUUCUCCGGUGACACAUGCCUUUAUCUGUCUUGGGGGUUGUAUGUCCAUGGCCAGGAUGGCCUUGCCCACCUGGGCUGUCCUGGCAGUGGGUCCCUGACCCCACAGGAGCCCCUCUCCCUGUCCCGUCUGCAUAGUCAUGCCCUGAACUUGCACACCCUUUAGAGGUCCUUCCUCCUGUGUAAAGUCCAAGUCCAGGAAGGAGAACCUCAGACUGACCUAUGCACUUACGUGGAGAUGCCAACGGCAGAAGGUACUUCCUGUGAGUUCCUUGCUGAGACUUGGUGGCUCUGGGCCCCCGGCCUCGGAGCUGCCGACCUUGUAGCUUUAAGUAACACUAGACUGCAAAGGGUCUGAGCCCACGACCCGCCAGCACGCAGCAAACUGGUUUUUCUGGCUUGUUCCCGAGCUCUUAGGCUUUGUUACUGUACCGAUACCUCAGAUUCGAAGCUUUAGUUUUGAGAAAGGCAAGUCACCGUUCUCGAGAUGCCCGACCGCUCCCUAUGCAACUCUGGCCUCCGCCUUCCAUGAACAGAGUCGCUGCCCCGCCCAGCAGCCAAACACCGCGACCCCUCAGGCUGGCUCCGGGCCCAGGACUGCCUGCCAGCGACAUCAGUAUUUCCCCGUGGACACUGUCCUUUCACCCAGGUAGGAGCCUGCGGGUGCAGGGCUGCCUGCCUUUCGGGCCGGGCCGGGCCUCAGGGGGGUGGGAGAAGGGGACCUAAGGAGGCCCGGGCAGGAUGUUUCUCUGGCCAUUUCCCAGGAAGGCGCAGAGAGCCAUGGUGCUCAGCCUGUGUCCUUGCCGCCAGUGUUACGCCAGUGUCACCUAACUCCAGGUUUCCUUGUGACAGUAUUAACCUAACAGGCAUGUAGCCGUCACCCCACUGAGCCCUCAGGCAGGCCUGGUGCCUGGAUCUGUUUGAUGGUGUCCCUCCUCCUGCCCCAUCUGUGCUCAGUGCUGAAUUAUCCCCACUCUGGCCAAAGACACGCUCCCCCCAAGACAAAGGUGGGGGGGCACGCUGGGCGGGAGCAGGAGCUCCGCAGCCCCCAGGCCUCGGUUAGCAGGGAGGCUUAGCUGGUCGACCCUGAACUCGGACAAGCAGGCGUCCUCAGGGUCACGGAACACUUUUGAGCAGUUUAAUGUGGUACCAAACAGUCCAAAUAGAAGCUCUUCAUAGAUGAAGCAAUGCCUGUUUUUAACGUUGACAUGCAUAUACCUACACAGAUGUGCUUUGCCGAAAAGUUAGGUCUCUUUAGAAGCCACAUGUGAUUUCUCGUUUUAUUUUUUCUGGAAGACAUUUCUACUUACAGUAAAUGUGGUUAGUAUGUAAAUAAUGUACAUACAUGUUGCCUUCUGGAGUGUUUCAUUAAGUGUACAUACGCUCACAACUUGCAUGAAGAAAUACCCCACAUUGAUGUUUUGUUGUAAAGUAAAUAGUAAAAUUGGAUGGUGUGUGGCUGUCAAAUUGCAAAUACGGUGUUCACUAAAUAAACCCGAAAUGCGUUGUUACAA